AUGGAGCUGUCGGAGGAGGCGCUGAGGAAGCAGCUGGGCAAGUAUAAGUUCAGAGACCUGACCAUAGAAGAACUAAAGAAUGUUAACAAGACCUACCCAAACUUCACAUUCUCCAUGAACACAUACACCUUCAAGGAUGGAUCCCAGAAGGACCUCCUGAAUUUUAGUGGUACUGUUCCAGUGAAAUAUGGUAAUUCCUAUAACAUACCUAUUCAGCUGUGGAUUCUGGAUUCUCAUCCCUUUGCUCCCCCCAUUUGCUUCUUGAAGCCGACUGUGAACAUGGGCAUUUCAGUGGGAAAGCAUGUUGAUGCUCAUGGCAGGAUUUAUUUGCCCUACCUGCAAAACUGGAGCCAUCCUAAAUCAACUGUCAUUGGAUUAAUCAAGGAAAUGAUUGCCAAAUUUGAGGAAGAGCUUCCUUUGUAUUCACUAUCAUCUUCUGAUGCAGCCAGGCAAUCGGAACUUCUCUCCUACAUUGCAAAGAUUACUGAAGGAGAGACUGACAGGAAAUCAAAGAGUAAAAUUGGUGGAGGCAAAAAUGAAGGAUGUUUUAACAAAAUUACUGUUGUUGGAGCUGGAGAUCUUGGCAUUGCGUGUGUGCUAGCAGUUGCAGCAAAGGGUGCUGCAGACAAGGUAGUUCUUUUGGAUCUUUCUGAAGGUGCAGCAAAAGGAGGGACCAUGGACUUGGAGAUCUUUGCUCUGCCAAAUGUGGAGAUCAGCAAAGAUUUUUCUGCUUCAGCUGAUUCAAAAGUUGUGGUACUUACAGUUAAUUCUCUGGGUAAUGCUCAGACUUACCUUGAUGUCAUACAAAGCAAUGUGGAUUUGUUCAGAGGAAUUAUCCCGCCAAUAUCACACUACAGUCAGAACACUGUUCUCCUUGUUGCUUCUCAUCCAGUUGAAGUAAUGACAUAUGUGUCAUGGAAGCUGAGUGCGUUUCCCAAAAGCAGAGUUAUUGGAGUAGGUGCCAACCUAGAUACUGAGAGAUUUCAGUAUAUACUGACAAACCUUUUGAAAGCACAGGUGCUGGCAAAAGAUGCUUGGAUUAUUGGUGAACAAGGGGAAGACAAAGUACCAUCAUGGAGCAGUUGUAAUCUAGCAAAUCAAACGGAAGCAAUGGCUGCUCGUAACUCGAGGGAAAAGAUGGCUAACAGAGCUAUGGAAGUUCUAAAGGGAAAAGGUCAGAGAUCUUGGUCUGUUGGGCUCUCAGUUGCUGAUUUGACUGACAGUAUACUGAAAGAUAAAAGAAAGGUUCAUUCUGUGUCCACUCUGGCAAAGGGAUGUUGCAAUAUAAACAGUGAAGUGUUCUUAAGUCUACCCUGUAUUCUUGGAACCAACGGAGUGAUUGAAAUGGUCAAACUAGAAGAAGAUCCACUAGCGCAAGAGAAACUGCAAAGCAGUGCAGGAUCAAUUCAUGAUCUUCAGCAGCAACUGAAACUGUAAGCAAGCGCAAGGGAAGCCACAGUGUCUGCUCACAGAAGUCAGAGAUUUGCUAGGCAGAAAGGGUUGCUUGGUAUAUAUGGAUUUCUGUAUAAAACAAGAAGUUUUUUUACUUUCCUUUCAAAAAGUGCUUGCUCAGUUUUGGUUUAAAUUAUUUAAUACCGCAUUGUGCAGUCAUUUCUUACUUGAAAAGUGCACUUUUGGUAGCGAAAAUGAGGAGGGUAAUGUGCAAGAAUGUUUUAUCUAAACUCAGAUGACUUUUGCCUGUGGUUUUUUGUUGCUAACGAUAGCCUGAUUCUUGGGUUAUUCUUAGCCUUUGCACCUCAUUAGGACACAGUCUAGGAGAGCAGCUUACACAGCUCUGCAGAAACUCCAGUGUGCAGAGCCAGCUACAACUCUCCCUCCUGGUUUUUAAGUGCUGCAUCAGGGGAUUGUCUAGAGUAUAGUCACACUCCAGCUCUUCAGGGCACUGGGGGAUGCAGUUGGGAGAGCUCGAUCUUUCACGCCUGCCACAGAUGCUUUUAUGUCAAUGGACGCCUGCUUAUUACUAAGGGGGGGGGAAAAAG